UUUGCUUUUGCUACAUUGUUUUUCCGGUCCAAUUUAUAUUUUUCUUCUUUGAAAACAAGGGAACUCACCGUAGCUUUGUGGCACUAGAAAGUCCACAAUCCGCCUCCUUCGAAAAAAUAAAAAAAAAAAACACAAACGAAAUACCGUAAACUCUCUCAAGAACUAUAACUUGAAGAAGAAGAAGAAGAAGAAGAAGAAAAAGAAGAGGAAAAAUGACGAGUUGUAUGUUAUGUAGGCCAGUGGUUGUGGCCAAACCGAUCCACAACAAAAGCCUCAUAUCGUCGACGAGGGCCGUAAAUGGUGCUGGGUUUGUCGUACCUUGUGGUACAAAUAGGAGUUAUCCGUGUUCUAGGGUUUGUGGCGUGCGUGCGUCAAUGGUAGACUCAUUCGAAAGCUCCUCUAAUUUCGUCAAGCGAAUGGAACGAGUCUGGUUAAUCUCUCAGCAACCAAGUCCAGUUGCUUGUUCAUCUUGCAACUCAAAUGGGAAUAUUGAAUGCAAAUGGUGUGCUGGUACGGGCUUCUUUAUCCUUGGUGAUAACAUGCUCUGUCAAGUCCCUUCCAAAAAUACUACUUGUGUAAUAUGCGCCGGAAAGGGAUCAAUGUGCUGCUCCGAUUGCAAGGGGACUGGUUUUCGUGCCAGGUGGUUAGGGGAGCCUCCUAUAUCCAAAUAGCAGCGUUCUUCAUCAGGCUGUUGAAAGCUCUAAUUCUCGAGGCUGUAAAGGCAUCAUAGCGACUUCUUAUUCAUUGUCUAAUAUCUUAUACGAUGACAGCUGCUUUGACGCUAUACUACGGGUUAAACCUUCAACUGUUUUAACUUCGUAGUUAACAAUUCAUCCCCCAAGACACAAGACAUGAUACUGUAUUCUAUUCAUUAAAUUCUUGGAAUAUAAAAUAAUGUUUUUACAGAUUUAUAAUUUAA